AUGAGUACAGCCAUAUUUCUACUAUACACACUAUCCUUAGCUACAUCCUAUGAAUGCAAACUUGUGUUGGAACUCGAUCGAGAACCCACAAACAUGAUUAAAAUUGACUACUAUAUGUCAAAGUUAUAUGUUUUCCCGAGUCCCAAUAUACCAAUUGGCACUCUCAUCUCCGAAAUUAAUUGGGGAGACAUUUUUCACUUUAAAAUAAACAAAAAUUACUUGCUGGCAUGGAUUUACCUGAAACCAAUGGGCAAUAAUACUUUGGAACUGGGAAUUAAACUGCUAGACAUUUCUGGCAAUAAAUUUAUUGAAACCCCACAUUUGUUAAUUUUUCCAGAAUUUUAUAACUUUCCUCAGUGGCUAAAUCUAAAUUCGCCCCAACUAAUAAAUAGAAUUAGGAAAUCCAUUGUGGAUGUGAACUUAGAUUCUCUCCCAGCUAAUCUAGAUGUUGUUUAUACCAGGGAUUUUGUUACGUUUAAGACUAAUGGUGAAUCUUCGAUAGGUAAUUUUAGCUGGGACAAUUUUAUUGUUGCGAAUCUUAUCAAUCAUAACUUUUCAAACAUCAUAAAACUCACCCCAGUAGCUUAUAGGAAAAUAAAGAUAACAGCAUACAAUUCACUAAUCCCAGAUUCAAUUUAUCACGUAGGUACAAUUAUUUUUCCCGAAGAAUAUAUUUUCCCCUAUUGGUUCGAACAUGUGAAUGGGUGCUUUUACAAGCUUAUCACCAAACAAUUUAAGAGUUUGAAUGUUGAUGUUCUAUCGACAAUAUUUAGUGACGAAAUACUAGUACAUAUGCAUUUGAAUAUGUUUCAUAUUUACGUAAAACCGGAAUACAUUACAUGCGCGGCGAUCAAAAGCAUCUCCCUUUACAAUUACAAGUAUAAUUCCAUAAGCAGUUUUGACGGGAUCGACCAGAUAUUUUUGUAUAAGAAAAUCAAUAGCAUUGAAAUUACAUUGGCAUUAUCAGAACACAACGGCAAAUUCAUCAAAUUACACUCCAAAUUGCCAUACAACGGUGAUAUUAAACCUGAUUGGGCCACUGAAUUAUCAAAGCAUGCCACAUCAUCUGACGAAUUAAUUGCAUUGGAUAUCGAUUUAUCCUCUGAUCACCCAUUGAAAGAAAUAAAAAUGACAAAAAAUAUGAACAAAUACAUUUUAGAGCCAAAGCUUGAGGGUCACAUAGUGUUCAUAGCAUUAUCAACGUCAGACACCUUUUAUCAAAUAGUGAAGCCCCCAGCCCAAAUUAAAAAAAUCAUCAUAACUCCCCUUCUGUGCUAUCGCUGGAAGAUUAAAAUUGAGGUAAAUGAUCCGAAUUCCAAGACCUAUACUGAGAGAUGGAGAUUUUUCCAAGGUGAAAACCUCGUAAAAUUCCUGACUUAUGCCAACCCCAAGAAUAGUUGA